AUGGCUGGCCCUGGCAGCGGAAAGACCCAUACUCUCACCUCCCGUGUUGUCUGGCUUGUUGACACCAUCGGUUACGCGCCGCAGAAUGUCAUCGUUGCCACAUUCACCGUCAAAGCCGCUCGUGAGAUGCGAGAGCGCAUCGGCCACGCCCUUGGGGACGGGCGCGAGAACAGAAUGGUCCUUGGCACGUUCCACAGCAUAGCCCGUCGUUAUCUUGCAGCAUACGGCAGGCACAUUGGCCUCGACCAGAAGUUCGCCAUUGCCGAUGAUGGCGACUCCAGGGCCAUAAUCAACCGCAUUUGCAAACGCCUUCAGUUGAGCAUAGAUCCUGUCCAGGCACGUGCAUGGAUAAGCAAGAGGAAAGCAAAGGGCAAGGAGUGGAAACCAGCCUCCUUGCAAAGGAAACGCAGCGGCGAGGCAGCAGAGGGAGCCAAGUCCUUUGAGCUGUGCUACCGCGAGUACCAGGACCAUCUUGAGAGAUCUAAUCUCCUCGAUUACGAUGACCUUCUCACCCGCUGCGUUGAGCUGCUCCAGACGCAUCCGGCCUGCGUAUCCAAUGUUGAUGCCGUGCUCAUCGACGAGUACCAGGACACAAACGGCAUACAGUACGAGCUCAUGCGCCUCCUUGCUCAAAGACGCAACAGAAUCACCAUUGUUGGCGACCCUGAUCAGAGCAUUUAUGGAUGGAGGUCGGCAGAGAUCAAGAACCUCCAGCGUCUCUUCUCAGAUUUCCCUGACACGGACCAGAUCUCUCUUGAACAAAAUUAUCGCUCAUCACAGGCUAUCUUGGACGCGGCUCUGAGUAUCAUACAACAGGACUCGAAUCGGUACGAGAAAGUCCUUAAGCCUGUUCAUGACAAGGGCACAAGACCGACGCUGAGGCGGCUGAAAAGCUCGAUCGCCGAGGCACAGUGGAUAGUCAAGGAAAUUGGCCGCCUGCAGUUGUUGUCUGGCCGUAUGUUGGGACACAGUGAUGUUGCCAUCCUCCUCCGCUCGGCUGCACUGUCCAGGAAUAUCGAAUCUGCCCUUGGUCAGGCUGGCAUUCCUUACAAGAUGGUCGGCGGCGUCAAAUUCUACGACCGCGUGGAGAUCAAGAUCAUACUUGACUACUUGAGAGUAAUUUACCAGCCGGCAAACAAUGACGCCCUUGCGAGAGUUCUCAACGUUCCCAAGCGAGGCGUGGGGGAAGCUACGAUCAAGGCGCUGGUCGAAGAAGCUGAGCGGUCGUCCCUGAGUCUGUGGGCUUUGCUGGUCAAACACUGCCGCGGCGAUCGCUUGGCUAGGACCAACAUAAAAAAGUCAACCGAACAGAAGAUAAGCGGCGAGGUUAUUCGUCUCAUCUUGAACAUCCAGAAAAAGAUGGGCAGUUCACCAGAUGAUAAGCCGUACGGCCUGGUCGACAUUAUUGAUGAAAUUCUCACAAGAGUCGGCCUCGAGCGGUACCUCCAGGAGACGUACCCCGACACUGAAAAUUUCGAGCAAAGAUGGGCCAACGUGCAAGAGUUUAGGGCGCUUGGAAACGACUUCACUAAAGAUGUCGAUCAAGAUCAAGACGAACAGCUUCCCGAGGUCGAGGGGCUAGAACAAUUAGGAGAUUCCGAUGUUCUGGCCAGAUUCCUGGCCAACGUGGCAUUGGCAUCAGACACUCAGAAGAAAGGUGAAGAGCAAGAAGCUGUGCCCAUGGUCACCAUCUCAACCAUACAUGCUGCCAAAGGGCUCGAGUGGCCCAUUGUCUUUGUUCCAGCGGCUUACAAUGGAUCGAUUCCACAUUCGCGCUCUGAAGAUAGUGACGAGGAGCGCCGCCUGCUAUAUGUUGCUAUGACACGGGCAAAGGCUUUGCUUUACAUCAGUUGUCCAUUGUCCAGCUCAUCUUACGGCGGUGGCCAGUCCGAAGUGGAACUCUCAUCCUUUGUUGAGCCCGUGGCAAAGACAUUCGCCAAGAUCGGACCAGAUCUGGAAAGCCAUAAGCUUGAGGCAAUCGGCAGGAUUUUGGGGCGUGCCGCCCCCACACAACAAACGAUCUAUAGUGAACUUCCAGAAGGCUUCAGUCCAAAUGACGACCUUUUCCCCGAAGACCCAAGCCAGCAACAAGCAGCCACAGAUGACGCUGGCACAAGGCGGGACGAGCAUCCAUCCGAAGGCUUCGGUCGAAAACGCCCUCGGCUGGCCACCCAGAGUGGCAGCUAUGAAAGCAACGAGAAACCGCGGUGGGCAAGCGGAUAUACAACCACGAUGAAUCAGGCAGCUACCUUCACAAUGGCUUCGCAGCUCGGUUCCAUGGUGACGGCGGCUCAUCAGGCAAAUACCCUCACGACCCAAGUCGCUGGUAACACCACAGCUGGUCCUCCCUCAAAGCAGAAGAAAAUUGUUCGUUCAACCGGACAAGGUACUCUCCUCGGCUUUGUCAAGAAGGACUCAAACACAACUACAGAUGAUGCGCAUUUGAAUGCGUCGCGUUCCGCAUCUCUGCCGCGUUCAAACAUGCCUCGUGUACAACAAAAUGUACUGCCUGAGACGUUGACACAUGGCCCUUCGGAUGCUCCUAAACGCCCAGUGGUAGAUCCCAGCUUCCGUCGUCAUAAGCUCAGUGCCUCGAAGACAGUGGCGCCCAACUUACCAAAGCACGAAGAAACUAAAUCCGGGAGGCACUACACUCAAUUUUCAAGUUCUCCACCUCGGCCACCAACCCCAGACAAAGAAAUCGAGCCCGACACUAAAGGGCAAAACAACGAGAAUAAGCCCGAGCCGACUUCGGUCCCUACAAAGCGACCUGUUAGCUUUCACAACACCACCGUGCAAAAAACAAUAAGUGGUGUUCGGAGACCUCCCGGUCUAGCAGCUCCUCGUGUUGAGGCCGCGGCGUUGCAAAAGCUUCGAAAGCCAUUCAGGCCCCUGACUAUGAACCGACCGUCAAGAAGCUGA